UCAUCUCAAAAUUUUAAGAGGGGCGCCCUCUAUGGACGCACCGCCACUGCCGGCGGGUCUUUGCUCAGCGAGAAAGCUCGGGGACGAUACUCGGUGGGGACAAGGACGUGUCCUUGAAGAUAGGAAAUCCCUUCAAAACCAGUCGGUCCGCUACCCUGCAGCCGAGCCCGCGCUGGGACGGCAAGGGAAGGAAACGAGGAGAGAGCGCGAUGCGAGGAUCGAUUUUAAAAAGUCUCAUGGGCCGCAGCAACGCUCUUAUUGCGGACGUUUUCUGCAGCGGCGUGAGCAGCGGUCUGAUCGUCGUGCAGCGCGGGCGCCACGGACUCGUGGUUUAUGGAUGCCGGGACCAUGAGCACAAGCGACAAAAGGGACUACACCGCAGACCUGGGAGGCGGCUUCACCGAGGACGCUCCCAGACCUCCCGUCCCGGGGGAAGAGGGUGAGCUGGUGUGCGGCGAUGGACGCCAGUACGGCGUUGCGGGCUUCCCCUCGAAGAGCGAGAGCCUCAAAUGCGAGGCGUCGGUGGCCACGCCCCGGCGACCGGACUUGGACCUCGGCUACGAGCCGGAGGGCAGCGCCUCGCCGACGCCGCCUUACGUGAAGUGGGCGGAGUCUCUCCACUCCCUCCUGGACGACCAAGAGGGCAUCCACCUGUUUCGGGUGUUCCUCAAGCAGGAGGAGUGCGGCGACGUGCUGGACUUCUGGUUCGCUUGCAGCGGCUUCCGCAAACUCGAAGCCGCCGAGGGCAACGAGGAGAAGAAGGUCAAGCUGGCGAAAGCCAUCUAUAAGAAAUACAUCCUGGACAACAAUGGGAUUGUUUCCCGGCAGAUCAAAGCGGCCACCAAGUCCUUCAUCAAAGACUGCGUCGCGAAGCUUCACGUGGAUCCCGCGAUGUUCGACCAGGCGCAGACGGAGAUACAGACCGCCAUGGAGGAGAACACCUACCCCGUGUUCCUGAAGUCUGACAUCUAUUUGGAAUACGCUCGGACGGGGGGAGAGAGCCCGAAGCUGCACAGCGAUCACAGCUCCGUGUCCGGGACCGGAAAGGGCCCGGCGAGUUAUUUGCCCACUUUAAUGGAAGACGAGGAGUGGAGGUGCGACCGGGAGCCGGAGGAGCGGCCCGAGUGCGACCCCGCCGUGCCGCGCAACCGGCUUACCCGGCAGCUGCUGAUGGAGACGGCGCCGCAGCGCGUCGCCAACAGCUCCGGGUUCCAGGACGGUCACGAGUCCAGGCACGCUGCAUGUCGGGAGCCCAUCAACCCGUACUAUGUCAACACCGGAUACGCUCUGGCUCCGGCCACCAGCGCCAACGACAGCGAGCAGCAGAGCAUGUCCAGCGACGCCGACACCACCUCGCUCACGGACAGCAGUGUAGAUGGGGUUCCACCCUACAGAUACCGCAAGCAGCAUCGCCGGGAGAUGCACGAAAGCGCCAAAGCAAACGGGCGAGUGCCACUACCUCAUAUUCCGCGCACCAACCGGAUUCCCAAGGAUAUCCACGUGGAGCCGGAAAGAUUCGCCGCGGAGCUGGUCGGCCGACUGGAGGGCGUCCUGAGGGAGAGGGAGGCUCAGGAGGAGCUGGAGCAGCGGCUGAAGAGAGUUCGAUUGGAAGAGGAAGGUGAUGAAGUGACGUCCAGCCACCGCUUCCCCCCCGGCGCUUAUCCGCAGAAUUACAACUCGCGCUACGCCGACAACACCUACGGCGGGCCGGCGCCGAUGAGAGACGCUCACGAGGAGAACCCCGAGAGCAUCCUGGACGACCACGUCCGGCGGGUCAUGAAGACUCCCGGCUGCCAGUCGCCGGGCACCGGCCGCCACUCUCCCAAGUCGCGCUCGCCGGACGACGUCCCGGGGUCGAAAGGGACGGCGGCGGCGGCGCCCGGGAAGCACCCGUCCAGGCACGGCCCCAAGGGAGACGGCGGCCACCUGUACCACCACAAACACGAGGCCGGUCAGUACGGAUCGAAGUCUCGCAGCUACGCCGACGGCGUGGGGUCCAACCCGGCGGAGCACGCGGGUAGCAAAGGGGGCCCGCAGUGCAAGAGGGCGUUCAAGAAAGGCGAGGAGGCGCGGCCCUGUGACGCGCCCGCGGAGGAGAUGGAGAAGAACCAGAAGAUCCUGCUGUGGCUGAUGGAAGGACAGAAAGAAAUGGUCCAGCACAAGAGGAGCGCGUACGGGAGCGCCGCGGGGUCCAAGAGGCCCGGCGGCCACGAGGCGCCGCCGUGGAACACGGUGCAGCCGUCGCACCCGUUCAUCCAGGAUCCCACCAUGCCCCCGAAUCCGGCCCCCAGCCCCCUGAUCCAGCUGGAGGAGGUGCGCCGGCGGCUCGAGGAGGAGGAGAUCAAGUCUGGGACGGUGCAGCCCAAGCAGCGGUAUGUGAUGGAGGUGAUGCAGAGGGGUCGCACCGCGGUCCGGCCCGCCCUGUUCCCCCCGCUCGGCGCGGCGCCCGCCGUCUCCGGCAGCGAGCUCUCCCAGCCCGAACACAGAGCCGCGAAGAAGCCGCCGUGUGACAACAUCACCGUGGCGUACUACUUCUGCGAGGAGCUGAUCCCGUACAGGACGUCGGUCAGAGGGCGGCUCGUCACCCUGGGCCAGUUCAAAGAGCUGCUCACCAAGAAAGGCAAUUACAGAUAUUAUUUCAAGAAGGUAAGCGACGAGUUUGACUGUGGCGUGGUGUUCGAAGAGGUGCGUGAAGACGAGGCCGCCCUGCCCAUCUUUGAGGAGAAGAUCAUCGGGAAGGUCGAAAGAAUCGAUUGAAGGCGACGUCGAAGAGGGAGGAGUCAAGACGGUGCAGCGAGUGAAGAGGAAGAGAGGGAGGAGUCAAGACGGUGCAGCGAGUGAAGAGGAAGAGAGGGAGGAGUCAAGACGGUGCAGCGAGUGAAGAGGAAGAGAGGGAGGAGUCAAGACGGUGCAGCGAGUGAAGAGGAAGAGGGAGGAGUCAAGACGGUGCAGCGAGUGAAGAGGAAGAGGAAGGAGUCAAGACGGUGCAGCGAGUGAAGAGGAAGAGGGAGUAAUCAAGACGGUGCAGCGAGUGAAGAGGAAGAGGAAGGAGUCAAGACGGUGCAGCGAGUGAAGAGGAAGGAGUCAAGACGGUGCAGCGAGUGAAGAGGAAGGAGUCAAGACGGUGCAGCGAGUGAAGAGGAAGAGGAAGGAGUCAAGACGGUGCAGCGAAUGAAGAGGAAGAGGAAGGAGUCAAGACGGUGCAGCGAGUGAAGAGGAAGAGGAAGGAGUCAAGACGGUGCAGCGAGUGAAGAGGAAGAGGAAGGAGUCAAGACGGUGCAGCGAGUGAAGAGGAAGGAGUCAAGACGGUGCCGCGAGUGAAGAGGAAGAGGAAGGAGUCAAGACGGUGCAGCGAGUGAAGAGGAAGAGGGAGGAGUCAAGACGGUGCAGCGAGUGAUGAGGAAGGAGUCAAGACGGUGCAGCGAGUGAAGAGGAAGAGGACGGAGUCAAGACGGUGCAGCGAGUGAAGAGGAAGAGGGAGGAGUCAAGACGGUGCAGCGAGUGAAGAGGAAGAGGGAGGAGUCAAGAAGAGAAGAGCCCUCGUUCCCUUGUCGUGUGAUGUAGCAUCGUCAUGUUUUCUAGAACAAUGGAGGAACAGAAGUUCUGCUCAAGCUGCAUAUUUUUGAUAAGACGCAUCCCAGUGUUUCUAAAGUAACCACACUUGUCUUUGUGUUCCCUCUUUUUAUAUAAGUCUUGGUAACAGAUGUGUACAGUUUGUGUUGAAAGAUAACAACAUUUUAUGUCUAUUUAAGUAUUUAAAAUGCUCAUUUUCAAUCCUAUCGGAGCGUCGAAGACGAUCAAAAUCCCUUUUUUAGGUCUGGAUUGUAGUUCCAGAGCCUCCUUCGUGCUCGUAGCACCGCGUGGCAUCCAGACUGCACUUUCAUCCUAUUAAAUGCCACCGGCUGCAACAUUAAUUUCUAAAGCGCCAGAAAUAUUCGACCCUGAAAGGUUCACCGUCUGCAGCCCAGAGUCUGGAGAUGGAACUUUUCAUUUGUUGGCACUGCAGAAGAUUUUAUGGUCUUUUUUUUCUUUUGGAGGCUCAAACUUAGCGGCAUAAUAUGAAUACAAGAACCACUUUUCACGACGUCAUUAUUAAUAUAGGGCUGUUUUUAUUGGGUUGCACUACCGCGUUUAGCUGCUGGAUGUUUAGUGUGCACGUGAAUGCAUGUGAAUGUAGCUGAUGGCUGCGGGGGGGCGGGGGGGGGUGGAGGUGAAGACGAUCGGCUACAGGAGGAACUUAAGUAGAUGUAUGUUUCGUUCUUUAAAGAUAUGAUUGGAAAGCAGGAGGUGAAUAUCUAUGCAAGUCGGUUCCCCGAAUCCAAAACACUGCAAAGGGCUCCUAUAUUUAUUCACUCUGUAAAAGGUUUGGUCCAUUUUAAUCAAUAUAUCGAUAUGAGACUAGAUACCCCCUCUCAGAUUUUGGAUAUCGUAAUAUGACAUAAGUGGUGACUUUUCCAGGCUCGCCGUAAAGUGAUGUCAUCCUCUGAACUUAGCGGGCGGCUUUAGCCGUUCUGUUAUUUGCCUUCAUCCACUCAUUACUGAGGAUUAUUCAUCAAAAGGAUGUCAAUAUUUCACAAAAGGUUCAAGAUACGAGAUUAUUAUCGAGGUUUAUGGUCAGAAAUAUUGCAAUAUUCGAUCUUCUCCGUGCCGCCCGGCCCUAUUUGCGGCUAAGUGUCGUAACAAACGGACUUCUAAAGGCUUUUAAACGUCUCUUAAUCGAGCCGUUUGUUGAGAUUAUAAUCAGGUCGAGUUGGGUCGAGGGCAACGAGCUCACGUUUGAACACUCACGAUGAGAGACGUUUGCGCGUCUGUGAUCUGACUUUUCAUAAAUUAGUCGGGGCCGAUGAAUAUUUUCGACGAUUAUCCUGAAGAGGCCGCGUUUGCUCCAUUCCCCUUUUGAAUUGUCUCCCCGUUGAGCUCCGAGUGUCGCAGUGUGAGGUCGAGUGUCGUGAAUCGCGUCCCGCCUCCGGCUUCUGGGGGUUGAAGAGGCCCCGCGACUCCUCAGAGGUCAGAGGUCAUCUGAAUGAGAAGGCCAGCCCACGUUGAUGUGUCGGUGCAAUGCAGGUCACAUGACGGCAUGUUCAACGCUCUUAUGUCACAGUCACAGGGCGAAACACUGACAUGUUGAGUUCAUCACGUUUAUAAAAUAACAAAAUAAUAAGUUGUAACCACUGAGCUGAUCGAGGAGGGGGGGGGGGUGGGGCUGCUCUCUCACCUGUCGCCUCCUGGAGGCCGUGUCCAGAACUCCUAAAGCAUCACGUGACACCAAAGAGAAACACAAAGUAGGACUCGGCUGUUUUGAAUGACACUUUUACGUGAAUAUGCCCCUCCGGUCCGCUGGCAGCACUUAUUAUUCGGUCUCUUUUGUUCAUUUUAAAGAAAAGAAAAAGGUUUAAAUCAUUCGAAGCCGUCGCAUAAAAGAGCAGAAUGUCCUUUGCAAUGGACUCUGUGUGUGUGUGUGUGUGAUCAGUUUUUUCUGAUGCAUGUUGUUGUGAACAUCAGCUGUGAAAGCGUCUCAUUUAAAGCUCCCUGGCCAUGAGUACUUCCUGUCCCCUCUAUCUGGCAUUGUAGAGAAGAAGAAAACACGGAUGCACUGAACAGCACCAACUGGAAUGAAACAAAAGAAUCCAGCUGGGGAACAUUGACAUUCAAGAAGAACAUGUUUGUCUCCCCCCCCCCCCCCCUCCUCUUCACUGUGCAGGGGAUUCAAAAGAAACAUAACAAAAGUGUUUUUGUGAUGGAAGUCGAGGCAGAGAGACGGCGGACCUCCAAACCGGAGCAUCUCCUCGAAAUGCUGCGUUUUGAUGUUCCCUUAAUUUUUUAUGUCAUUUUUUUUUCUAACUUAAAUUAGUUUAGCUUUAAUAUAUUUGCUGCGUUUGCCUCCGGCGGUCCUUUGCGUUUGUUAAAUUAUACGUUUGUCGAGUAUGCGAUCAAGUUAAAUGCUAUAAGUACGAUCUUGAUUCUCAUUGUAUGUUUCUUUUUGAAAUACUUCUCGAGUAUCUGUUCUGAUUCUUACUGUGAACCUUAUUUAAGAUUAAUGAACUGUAAAUAAUAAACAUCAGUGCCUUUAUUACUAUGCUACUACUGUCUGCUGUGUGACGGUCAGACGGAUGUGGGGACGGAAGGAUUUGCUUUAUGUUGUUUUUUGUGUCGAUUUUUUUGUUUUUCACAUUUUAUUUUGUCUUUUUUUUGUUCAAUGUUUGUCACUAUUCCGACUUUUCUAUGUAAAUAUGUACAAUUUAAGUGCGUCAUCAACCAGCAGCCAGGUCAGCACACUCAGCCCCUACGGACCUGCUUCUGUUCACUCACGUGCAUGGUUACCAUUUAAAAAAAAUGAGGUGCCUGGACAAUAAAUACAUGCAAUAAAACCAA